AUGGUGCAGAGACUCUACCCCAAACGCUGCCGCAGCAGCCUAGCAGAAACCGUAGCCAACUUGGAAGAACUCCUCACCGAAAUCCUUUUGCGCGUGCCGGCUAAACCACUGCUCCGCUUCAAAUGUGUCUCCAAGCAUUGGCUCUCUCUUAUCUCCGACCCCAAAUUUCGUCACCGCCACACCCUACAAAACCCAAACUCUCCCAUCUCUGCUGUCUUUCCUGACAGGUCAACCGAUUUUUCUUUCAUCCCUUUUCCUCCUGAUCAUAACCACAUCUCAGCUCGCUGGAAUCCUCUUGAAGUCAUUGCAAACCAAUACGGCGAUGACAUCUAUAUUAUGCACUCCUGCAAUGGCCUCAUCUUGUGUCGUCCCCUUGGUGCACCAAGUACGCUGAGGUCCCCGUAUUUUGUUCUCAAUCCCACAACUAACCAGUUCUCGACACUCGCAAUUCCUCCAUGUCAGCAGGUUGAAACUCAUAUCCUUGGUUGCUUUUUGGCCUUUGACCCUUCCAAAUCACCUCAUUACAAGGUUAUCUGCCUUGAAACCAUUGAUGGAUUUGAACUUUGUAGGCGUUACCAAAUACAAAUAUAUUCGUCUGAGACUCGAAGUUGGAGGCAUCUCAAUUCUUCUAUCUACAGGAAAGAUCGUAUCGGCUACGAACGGGGGGUCUACUGCAACGGCGCAAUUCAUUGGGUAGGCCUGUAUUCUGAGAUGUCAUACUUUCACAUCGAUGAAGAGCGUGUUGAGUUUGUUGAGACUACUCUUCACUGUUACCAGAAGAAAUGGCAUGAAAGGGAGUACAGAUAUCUUAGGGAGUCCAGUGGUGGUCAUUUGCAUCUCAUUGAUAUUUAUACAUCCUGUCCUACUAACUUUGAAGUGUUGGAAAUGGGAAGAGACUACUCUGGCUGGUUUGUCAAGUACCAUGUUGAUCUUUAUCCCUUGUGCACUGCUUUCCCCAACUUACCUUAUGGAGAAUUUGUUGUUCUCUUUCUUGAUCGAGACGAAAAUGAAGAAGACGGCAGUCUGUCCCUGUUGCUACAUUCUCCUGGUAAUGUCAUCUCGUGUAAUUUGAAGAGUAAGACCUUCAAAUCUUUUGAGUUAACUACUGACGAGCGUUUGCUUGUUGAUCAUCGUAAUUUUAUGUGUAAGGAGACAUUGGCUUGUGUGUAA